GUUCGGUGGCGGUCGCAACGAACGCACACCACCCCCUGGUGCACUUCGAAUUCAGCUCUCAAACUUCGGCGGCUCUCGGGCGGGAUGAACCAAAACACAGUUUCCGUUUAGCCUCGGCAGUUCAGUCAUCUUUACGGACCUACCGAAGACGGCAGUGCGACCUUCGACGACGUUGUGCUUCCGGGAAAAGUUCUUGAAAAAAAAACAACAAAAUUCCAACCCGGGAGUCAUUAGCCUUUCGCCAGUGUGUUCCGUCGAGGGGAGACAGUAGUCUCGGCUGUGAACAAAGUGAACAAAGCCAAGCUGCCACAGUUUGGCUUUAACCAGUGCAAUAUGAAUUCGUUCUUCACAAAUCCAGAGAUUUGGCAAGGCUUGCUACAUUAAACUGCUUCCUAGAGUAACCGGGGGCAGAUUGUCAGAAGCAGCUGCAGUAACCGGGGAUUUUAUCUCGAAAUUGCUGAUAGCCCCACUGCAAAUCGGUAGCCCCUUGCAACGGUGGACGAACAACGGCGAGCAUUGACCAUGUCGGUCACUGGCGGUGGUGGGCUCGGGGUCGCCGGUGGAUCAGCAUCGGCGGUGGCCGCCGCAAUGCUGAAAUCACCGCAAACCGCACUACAGCUGCUACUGGAGGAAAUUAACUUUCAGCGCACGAAGGAGAUGAGACAGUUGCUGAAAGAUGAUGGAGGAUUUGUGGUGCUCCAGGGGACGACCUACUGGACGGAUCUGUUCGUGCGCCACUUCCUGUUCCAGUCCGAGCCGGAGCACAGCAUCGAUUGCGAUGAUUUGCUGUUUUUCGUUCGCAAAAAGCACAUCAAGGGCUCAUCACGAACCAUGCCAAAGUACGAGACGGAGAUUGAGGUGUUCCGGAAGGAUUCGCGAAAGCUUCCGAUCGGUGAUCCGGACGUCGACUGGGAGGAAACCGUCUACCUGAAUCUUGUAAUCCACCAGUUCAACUACACGCUCACGCUGGCCAUCUGUACCCGGACCUCCCCGAAGGAGCUGCAGGUGCUGCGACGUCACUCGCAGAAGGUGUACGCUUCGCCGAGCCGCAGAAAGAUGGACACGAAGGGUGACAGUGAGGAGAUCACCUAUCCGCACAUCUGCUUCAUGGUGGACAACUUUGACGAGGUGUUCCACGAUAUACUGGUGCGCGAUGGUGAGAUGGUUUGCGUGGAGCUGGUCGCUACCGAUCGAGACGGUAGUGUGCAGGGCGUGAUCUUCCUUGGUUCGAUACGAUACGAUGCCCUUAAGCGGGUCUACGAUGCCAGGCAAUCCAGUCUUGGUUCGAAGGUUGCGCAAAGGAUGUCCUUUGGCCUGUUUAGCUCCGGUGGGCCACAAACGCGUUGCGAGUUUGUCCGCAUGAAAGGCCCACAGGGCAAGGGGCACGCCGAGAUGGCAGUUACUAAACCAAAGGGUUCCGGUGUCGAGACACCGACCAGUGAACCGGGCUUCUGUGCCACGGACAUGUGGGACUCGGAAUGGGAGGAAGACUGCGAAGAGUACUACAACUAUCGCCAUCAGCGAAGGUUGAGCGAUCCGAGCGCCAAUCUGAACAACUUCAGCCGGUAUGGUUGGCGAACGAAAAACCCGGCCGAGGGCUCCUGUUCCUCGUCCUACGGUGGUUCGAAGGCUCGCUCGGAGAACGAGGGUUUGGACUGUUUGGCCAACGAAGUGUCCGAGAUUGAAGCCGGUGACCUGCGUGACGAUCGUCCUGCUUCCUCGGUCGUCGUAUCGGAUACGGAGCUACCGGUCGCAGUGGGAACCUGUGGCUCCAACGUCCCUUCAUCUCCACCUAAGACAGGUCCUGUGGCCGGUGGCCGAUCAUCCCCGCAACCUGCUACUGAUCAGUGCACUAUCAAUGGUACCGCCGCUGCUACUGCUGCUGCUGCUAAUGGUGCCACCGGUUGUUGCAAUUGUUUUGGAAUGCGGAAACGGUGCGACCGGAAAGCCGAAACCGAUUCAAUCCAGAUGUCCGACGUGUACACGCCCUGUCCAAAGUGUCAACAGGAUACCGACAAUGGUGAAGCCAACGGGCUUAAAAGGAAACCAAUUCAUCCACCAUCAAAAGCGGAGGAAAUAGAACUGCAACGAUUGCAAUCACUCGAGCUGCACGAUUCACCGGCCUGUCUGGCGACCGUCUCGAAAGGCCGAUCACCAUUGAUGAAGCACCGGAAUGUGUUGAUCGUCGAGAGUGAGCUCGAGUUCGCGGGCGGUGCCAAGGUACGCACUGGGCCCGCAUUGAACGAUAAAGCAAAAAAGAAACCUCCAUGCACCGGCACGGCGCAGCAGCCGGGCGUUAAGAAGCGUGACAAUAGCACCAAAACGAUGCAGAGCCCAAAAAAGCGCUUAAGCACGCCGAUCUUUCGCUCGAAACGAUUCAGCGGAGAUUCACCAGCGGGAAAAUCGAAUGCCCCGAUGGCUAGUGAGACACGGUCCAAGUCCAGUUCCUGCAGUAACAGUAACCAGCUCAACAACAAUAAUCCUCCUGCUCAUCCACAAGGGAGGAAUGGAAGACCGGCUUCGUCGGUCAUUGCUACCGCCGUACCGACAGAGGCAACGGAAGCCACGGAGGAGUACGAGCUGGCCGAUGAUGCUGUUUCAUUGAACGAUUUCGAGACCGGCUCGGAGGUGACUGCUAAGCCGGACAUGGAACCAGUCGAUCCGAAACUGCUGAUACGGGUAAAUGGCAAGGAAGAGUUCCCGGUCGAGCGGAAUGGUAGCGCCGGAACGAACGGAAACGGGCGAUCCUCCGUACGCAGUAGCCAGCCAAAGGCCACGACGGUUGUAGCAACGCAACACAUCAAGGAACACCGGGAGCGACGGACUUCCGGUGGCCGUACUGUCGUACAAUCAACGGUACGUGAGACAAUAACCAGUGCUGGGACAGGAGGUGGUCGCUUUUCGAUGAUCUAUCGCCGGAGCAAAUCCUCUUCUGCUACCUCAGUCGCAGCCACCACCGCCGUUUCAUCGGGCAAGGAAAAGAAGGAUGACAAACGUAAGGCGGAUUUGGCACGCAAAGGGAAGCAAGAUCAAAACUCAGCCCCAGUAGUGCAACGAGUACAACAAGCUAGUGAGAAAAAUGUGGCACAGUCAUCCGAUGAAACAACGUCCGUUCAGCAUGAGUCUCCUCAGGACAACAGUGAUUCUCCCCCGGAACAGCCACUCCAAGAAGAAACUAAUCAGAAUAUCAAGGAUCCGCUUUCCACCGAACGUGAUAUUAAUGGUAAUCCGGGAUCCGAGGGGGCUACUCCGAUGGCGACAACGACUACAACGGCGACCGAAGAGACAACGGAAGAGAACGAUUUGAGCAAUCGUGCCAUUUGGGCCGCGUUGAAGGAUCUUCGAGCGAAGAAGGAGUGCUCCACACUACCGAAGAUGAAGAAACCCAGCUAUAACAGCUUCUAUGAACGUCCCUCGAUCCCUGGCUGUACCACCAAGCAGCAGCAUUCGCAACAGCAACAGCAGCACCAUGGUUCCCCUGCGCUCGCCACCAUCGACACCAUCCCAAUGCGACGCACUCCGGAUGGUACCAACAUCUACUAUCUAUGCGAUUACCACCCGAAACGACAUCAGGGUAAUAAAGAGCUGGACGAUGGAGCGUAUAAUCCACUCUGGACAACGAAGGGAUUCACCCAAACGUUCCACUUUUGGAAGGAAAACCGUCGGCAGCAAUCGACACCAUUGAACGCGUUCCUAACGUAUGUGACGCUUCCCUGGUGGAGCAUAGCCAAAGAUCUUCUGGACCACCGAGAGCAACCGAUUCUAACGUUUUAAUGACGCCACAACAACCCAGUGCGUGACAGACCUCAACAUAUACACUACAACUGUCUUUUAGCGCCACGUACUCCUACGUUGUGUGCGGACGUAAUAGGGCGAAGGAAACAGUGCUCGAACAGUGCUAGUCGUCAUGAAUCUUCCGAUCGCACGAUCAAUAGAUUCCUCUUAAUUAUACAGAUAAAAUCGAACAAACUAAGCCAGCAAAAGAUAAAGAGGUAGAGACGAGUGUGUUCCCACGUCGCAGUGAACACACUUUUUGUGAUUUCCAACUAAGGGAAAUGCUAAACCUAUUCCAAGGGAUUGACAUGUGUUAAAGGCCAGGAUUUUUGCUUUACGAUUGAGUUUAUAAUCUCGUUUUUUUUAACGUUUAGCUCAGUUUUUCCAAAUCUCAACACUCUCAAGGACUUGAUAACAAUAUUACUAAUACCAACAGAGCUCUGUAAACGCAAAUCAUUCGCAAAACGCAGCAAACUAGCGACAGGCACAGGCUGUAGAAUAGAGAGUUCCGUCGAUCGACAGUAACAUCCCGCUAAAACCAAAAGCAACAACCAAAGUCGUCUAUUGGAAUAUGCUCUCUGUCAGCUCUAGCCAAUAAUAGGUUGAUUGAUAUUGCUGAUCUAUUCAUCGCCGGUCGAUCGAACACUGACAAUGGCAAAAUCUCUGUAGAAUGUAAUAGAAGGAAGUACCGAUCCGAAUCAGCAUUUGGGCCUCACUCAUUUGGGUUCAUUGUUUUACACAAGGUAAAAAUCAUGAUAGACAUACUUCUAGGGCCAAGUAAGCAGUGUGCGGUGGACAGAUGGACGUCACUCUUAUUGUUAUAUUUUAGUUUUUAAUGUGUUUGCUUAACUGCGUGGGGGUUGGGGUUUUUUUUCAAAUACUUUAAGUAUAGUCAAGUGGAAUACAGUCCAAGGGAGUAACAGCAUAAAUCUCAUUUUACUCAUCGGUUGCUUCCGACAAAAAGGCAGACAUUAAUUUUGGCUUAAGUGUGGUGUAUACACUAUUACGGAAAAGAGAAAAUAAACUGCAACAUUGCAUUCCAUAAACAUUUGCAAAA